CGUCUGUCCUCCAACCCGUCUGUCUGUCCUCCAACCCGUCCGUCUGUCCUCCAACCCGUCCGUCUGUCCUCCAACCCGUCUGUCUGUCCUCCAACCCGUCCAUCUGUCCUCCGACCCGUCCGUCUGUCCUCCGACCCGUCCGUCUGUCCUCCAACCCGUCCGUCUGUCCUCCAACCCGUCUGUCUGUUGGUGUAAAUAUAGGCUUUUUUUUUUUUUUUACUCCACCCGUUUCUUAUUAAAACUUUCUUCAGCUCGGGUUGUUGUCCUCGUCGUGUUUUGUUGCCUCCACAGACUUUAAGAGAAGUUCUACUUUUAAUCAUCUGGAGACGCAUGAUGACAUCACCAGAUAACAAUGGAAGCACAUUGUAUUGUUCGGCCUCAAAACUCUGUCUCUCUCUACCCGUCUCUAUGUUUCCGGCCUCUUCGGUUGUCCACUCCCUCGAUGUGCGUCCGUGUCUCCUCGUGUGGAUCCAGUGUGGCGUGCUGAUUGGUUGAUUGGUGGCAGCAUUCUGCAGCAUGUGAUUGGCUGAUUAAAGGCUGCAUGUGAUGUCAUGUGAGGAGAAAACCUCUGUCAGCCGCAUUCAAUCAGGGAGUGUGUGUGUGUAUGUGUCUGUGAGUGAGGGUGUGUGUCUGUGUAUGUGUGUGUGUGAGGCUCCGCCCCCUGAGGAUGUCAGCUCAGUCGGUAUAAAUCGGCAGCAGCCUCAGCGCCGCCUCAGACGGCGUCAUGUGGUGUCAAGGCUUCCUGCGGCAGACGGUCCGGUCCAUGUCGACCAGCAGACAGGCGGGCAUCCUCUUGGACGUGGACGGCGUUCUGCUUCGCGGCGGCUCGUUGAAUCCGGCGGCUCGACAAGCUUUCCGGAAGCUUCUGGAUCGGAAUGACAACUCCCUGUUUCCUGUCGUGUUCAUCACCAACGCGGGAAGCUGUCAGAGGCAUCACAAAGCCCAGCAGCUGUCUCACCUGCUGGAGGUCCAGAUUGCCCGGGAGCCGGCGGUUCUUUCCUACAGUCCUUUGCAAAUGCUGAAGGGUUUCCAUGAUAAAUGCGUCCUGGUGUCCGGACAGGGCCCGGUGACGGACAUCGCCAACUCUUUGGGUUUUCGGAAGGUCGUGAGCGUCGCACUCGGAGAACACCAGCCCCUGCUGGACAUGGUGGACCACAACAGGAGACCCAAACUCCCUUCGUCUCCUCUGAAGACGCUCCCGAGAAUAGAAGCGAUCAUCCUGUUCGGAGAGCCAAUCCGAUGGGAGACCAACCUGCAGCUGCUGAUUGACGUGCUCCUGACCAAUGGGAGUCCCGGCAGCGCCUACGAUCCUCAGGUGCCGGCCCAGUUGCCGGUUCUCGCCUGCAACGUAGACCUGAUGUGGAUGGCUGAGGCCCCAUCACCACGCUUUGGUCACGGGAUGUUCCUGCUGUGCCUGGAGGCCGUCUACAGGAAGAUGACGGGGCGAGAGCUCCAGUACCAGGCGCUGCUGGGGAAACCCAGUCUGCUGACCUACCAGUACGCCGAGCAGCUGCUGAGGCUGCAGAACCACAACCACCAGCUCUCCACCAUCUACGCCAUCGGCGACAACCUGAUGACUGGUCUCUACAACCGCUACCUGGGUCAGCAGCACGGUGCUGCGAGCGCCACGAUGCAGCCGGUGGCCCGGGCAACGGGGACUCGCGUAGCGAUGGCGGUGCCGGAGGCGGAGCUUGUGUCUGCUGCUACUCAGUGUCGCUCCAUACUUGUGUGCACAGGUGUCUAUAACCCUCGCUCCCCGUUGCCUGGCGACGCCAUCACAGAAGCCGCGUUACAUGGUCACAGAGACCUGGUGAUGGAGCUCGACCUGGUGGAGCCAAAUCACGUGGUGGAGGACGUGGAGGCCGCAGUUGACCUACUGCUGCAGCAGGAGAGCUCUGUGACCUCUGACCUCUGUCCUCUAUGAGCCCAUACCGGGCGGCAACCUCCAGUUCGGCCGAGUGAAGCCAAUGCGGAAAACUUGCAUUAUCUCUCCUGGCCAUCAGGGGCUGAUUAAUUUGGUUGUAUAGAAGUCUAUGCUUCAUGUGUUAACGCUGCAUUCUCUCCUGACCACCAGGGGGCGACUCCUCUGGUUGUAUAGAAGUCUAUGCUUCAUGUGUUAAAGCUGCAUUCUCUAUCCGGACCACCAGGGGGCGACUCCUCUGGUUGUAUACAAGUCUAUGCUUCAUGUGUUUAAGCUGCAUUCUCUCUCCGGACCACCAGGGGCGUCUCUUCUGCUUAUAUAGAAGUUUAUAUAAAAUGACUACUUCUCUCUUGAUUUAUUCCCUCAGUAAAUAUUGUAAACAUGAGUUUAUCUAUUUGUAUACAUAUAUUUUGUUUUAUUUCAUUUGACUUUAUAAAUACUUUAUUAUGCUUUAAUAAAGUGUCUUGCAAUACUUCUCUCUCAACACAGAGCAUAACUACAUUAUAACACAAUGUAAAAAACACUAUUUAAAACUAAAAGCUGAAGUAGGCACUUAAAAUCAUGGCAAACUAAAUUAAUCAGAAUAUGUGAAUGAGAGUAACACUUAUUUUGACAAAUCCUACUUAGUUUAUUGGAUUCUAAAAAUAAAUACUUAUA